UAUUUUUGUAAACUUGAUCUCUGGGUAAGUCCCCAAUCACCCAUCGUCGGGUAAUAAACAAACCGUCCCUUAAUUUUCUCUCCUCCGACGACCGUUUAUCGGCUCCUCGGACUCGCGAUCGCCGGGAAAAUCAUGGAUCUGCCGGACCAGAGCUCCGAAUUAUUUGAUUCGUUCCCGCCGAUUCCGUUCACUCUCUUUUUGCCGGAAGAGAACUUCAGCCUCAACAUUAACCCUAAUUCCGAUACAACGAUCAACACGAGUAUCACUCAAAAUCAAGACUCUACGAUAGAUUCGAGCCAGUUUUUUCCAUUCCCAGUUCCGAAGAAACGGCGAAGAGGCAGACCACAGCGAAGUGUCACGUCGUUUAAUUUCCCUCCCUUUCCCAAUGGAAGUUUCAGUGGCAACAAUGGCAUCGUCUCUUCCUCUUCUUCAGCUUCAGUACCGGCAGCCAGAAAUGGCGUUGAAAGUUCUAGCGCCAAUGUCCCAGAUGUGGCUGAUGAGAUUAUCGUGAUCAAUAAAGAAUCCACUGCCGAGGCCUUGCUUGCGCUAACGGCCGGAUUUCCGGCUGAUCACUUAACGGAGGAUGAAAUUGAUGCUCGGGUGGUCUCUGUUAUCGGAGGUAUUGAACAGGUGAACUACAUAAUCAUUCGUAAUCACAUUAUUGCGAAGUGGCGCGAAAAUGUGUCGAGUUGGGUGAGUAAGGAGAUGUUUAUUGAUUCUAUACCUACUCAUUGUCAUACUUUACUAGACACUGCCUAUAAUUAUUUGGUUUCACAUGGGUAUAUUAAUUUUGGGGUUGCUCCUGCAAUCAAAGAAAAAAUUCCUGCCGAACCAUCUAAGCCUAGUGUAAUUGUGGUCGGCGCGGGACUGGCAGGUCUUGCUGCUGCUAGGCAAUUGAUGCGUUUUGGGUUUAAAGUGACUGUUCUGGAGGGCAGGAAGCGAGCAGGUGGGCGGGUUUAUACCAAGAAGAUGGAGGGUGGAAACAGGGUAUGUGCAGCUGCAGAUUUAGGUGGGAGUGUUUUGACUGGUACUUUAGGAAACCCACUUGGUAUUAUGGCUAGACAAUUAGGCUAUUCUCUUCAUAAGGUUAGAGAUAAGUGUCCACUUUAUAGUCUGGAUGGGAAGCCUGUGGAUCCUGAUAUGGACUUGAAGGUGGAAACUGCAUUUAACCAUCUUUUGGAUAAGGCAAGUAUGCUCAGGCAGUCAAUGGGGGAGGUCUCUGUUGAUGUUUCUCUUGGUGCAGCACUGGAAACGUUUUGGCAGGCUCAUGGGGAUUCAGUUAAUAGUGAAGAGAUGAACUUGUUCAAUUGGCAUCUUGCUAAUUUAGAAUAUGCAAAUGCAGGUUUGCUGUCGAAGCUUUCACUUGCAUUCUGGGACCAAGAUGAUCCGUAUGACAUGGGAGGGGAUCAUUGCUUCUUGGCUGGGGGCAAUGGAAGGUUGAUUCAAGCGUUGGCUGAAAAUGUUUCUAUUUUAUAUGAGAAAACAGUGCACACUAUUAGAUACAGUGGUCACGGUGUGCAGGUUAUUGCUGGAAAUCAGGUCAUUGAAGGUGAUAUGGCUUUGUGCACCGUACCUCUUGGUGUUUUAAAGAGUGGUUCUAUUAAGUUUAUUCCAGAAUUGCCUCAGAGAAAGCUGGACGGCAUAAAGAGGUUGGGUUUUGGACUGUUGAACAAGGUUGCAAUGCUUUUUCCUCGUGUGUUUUGGGAAAUGGAUCUUGACACCUUUGGGCACCUGUCUGAUGAUCCAAGUCGUCGAGGAGAGUUCUUUUUAUUUUACAACUAUGCAACUGUUGCAGGUGGUCCUCUGUUGAUAGCCUUAGUUGCAGGUGAAGCUGCACAUAAGUUUGAGAGCAUGCCCCCUACAGAUGCUGUGACUCGGGUUAUUGAAAUUCUUAAGGGUAUCUAUGAACCCCAAGGAAUUGAUGUCCCAGAGCCUAUUCAAACAGUCUGUACUAGAUGGGCUAGCGAUCCAUUUAGUCUGGGCUCUUACUCAAAUGUUGCAGUGGGCGCAUCAGGUGAUGACUAUGACAUUCUAGCAGAAAAUGUGGGAGAUGGAAGACUCUUCUUUGCUGGUGAGGCAACUACGAGACGAUAUCCAGCAACUAUGCAUGGAGCUUUUCUAAGUGGGCUAAGAGAAGCAGCCAAUAUGGCAAACUAUGCCAAUGCUCGAGCUUUGAGGUUGAAGAUAGAUAGAGGCCCUUCCAAAAAUGCACACUCUUGUGCCUGUCUUCUUGCAGAUCUAUUCCGAGAGCCAGAUUUGGAAUUUGGAAGCUUCUCUAUAAUUUUUGGUCGAAAAAAUGCUGACCCUAAGUCAACAGUCAUUCUAAGGGUGACAUUCAAUGAUCCUCAGAAGAAGAACCAUGAAGGUUCAAACUCAGAUCAACAGCACACAAAUAAGUUGCUUUUCCAACAACUUCAAUCACACUUUAAUCAACAACAACAGCUUCAUGUUUAUACUCUGUUGUCGAGGCAACAGGCCCUUGAACUCCGAGAGGUUCGAGGGGGUGAUGAAAUGAGGUUGAAUUACCUGUGUGAGAAGCUAGGAGUGAGACUAGUGGGAAGAAAAGGUCUGGGUCCUAAUGCUGAUUCUGUAAUUGCUUCCAUUAAAGCUGAGAGGGGGAAUAAGAAACCUUCUUCAACUUAUUUAGCUCUUAAAUCAGGGAUAUCAAAGAUGAAAACCAGCAGCACUUUGAAGCGAAAUGCAGUCAGGAGGGCCAAAAUAGUGAGAAACAGUACUAGAGUAGCGGCUGCUCCUGUUUCAAACACAUCAAAUGAUCAAGUAUUAGACAACAUUAAACUGGUGGAUCAAGACUCCUCUGCAGCCCUUCGUUCAGAUCAGACCAACAUGACAUCUUGAAGCAAUGAGUAGACCUCUCCUCAGACUCGACAGUCGACACAAUUGACCAUUCAAAAGGUAACUUUCUGUUCCAGCCAAACAACAAAG